AAACCGAAAACAAACAUGGCCGACACAGCAGCUCAACGCGAAGCAAGGCGACAAAAAAUCCUUCGAAAUCAAGAAGAGCGAAUGAAUAGAUUACUGGGAAAAUAUGCAGAAGGUAGUUAAAUGCGGUAUACCUUUAAAUGCAUUGCAACUCUGGUAUCCCCAACUCUAUUUUAGCUUACUGUAUUUUCUGACGUAUAAGACGACCCCCUAAUUUUCCAGGAAAAAUAUUGGUUUUGGGAUAUACUCGCCGUAUAAGACUACCCCCGGCUUACCCCCUUCCGAGACAACACCAUUUUUAAAAAAAAAUCAGAAACAAAAAAACAACAACAUCAGAUUUGAUUUAAACAUGGUAAUUUUAAUGAAAACUGUUGACUUUCUGGUACUUAAAAUCCUUCAAAUUCAAAAUCCGGGAUUUGCCUCUAUACCCGCUACCGACCACCCAGCAGGCCUGGCACCUAUCUGGCUACCUCUUGUUCAAGGUAUGGAGCACUCGGCGGGCAUUAAAACUAUAGUUCGGCCAUUGCACCCGGCAUAUAAGACGACCCCCAAGUUUUGGCACUAUUUGGGUCUAGGGUUUCAAAACAUUUCCCACAAUCCCUCCAUCCCGGUAUAAAUCAUAAGCUAAUUCAUCUUUUAAAAAGAAAAUAAUUGAAAAACUUUUUUAUUGUAGCUUUAUUUGUUUAACGCUUUUGCUGCGGCACAACGCACAGUGCGUUCAUCGCCGUUAUCAAAAGCACGGACCAACACGCUCUUGCGUUGUUUCAAUAUCAUGUUUGUUUCUUUACUGUUUCUCGGUUAAACUUCUUAAGAGCUAUUUUUAAAUAAGAGUUUUACAUAGAAGAGUGGUACUUCAUUGUUUAUAAGCAAAACCAAUGUUUAUUUGUUGUCAUUUGAAGCAUUAUUUUAAUGAUUUUCUUCGCUAUUUGUUUCUACUGUUGCUAAGGCUACUCUAGGCCAAGGUAGGUGAUAAGUUUCCUGACGAUUAACAGCUCAAAAAGCUUUGGAAUUGUUUUAUACUAUUUCUUUUUAUAGUGAAGAUGAUUUAUAUUUAGAUCCAUCGCAUGAGUCUGAUAGUAGAAGUUUCAGAGGACUUGAGUUAUAGAAGUGUAGAUGAGGUAUGCGUGCAUCAUAGGGUUUGGGGAAACAAUGGUUCAGCAUAUAAUGUUUUCACAUUUUAUGGAUCUUUUUUGCAACUAAUUUUAUUUAAACUGAAUAAAUAAGUGUACAAACAUUUAGUCUUUUCAAUUAUCUUUCAUUUAGGCAUACAAUGUACAAUUUUGAUAUGUCUCUUAUGAUUGUACACCAAGACCUGUCAGAACUAAAAUUUCAAGAGACUGAGUUGAAAAUUGCGGUAGAUUUUUUUCCAAUAUAUAAAAAAAAAAAUUAAUGAAAAGGUGUAAUUUUCAGUUGUUGGAAAAUAGACGAGGAGAUAUGAUUUUUCGUUGAAUUUUGUAAGCCCAUAAUAUAAACUAUAUAUUUACUCCAAAAGCUUGUGACCCACUUUUCAAAUUUCUGCUUUAUUUUGCCCACAACAUUUUCAUUUUUAAAGAUAAUUGCACCGCAUUUUUUAGGAGACAUUCACAAUCCAAUAUGUUGUUGGGUAAGAAGGGUAAGAAGGGGAGAGACUGCAAUCAGGUUAGCACAAUAUAAAAUAAGUAAAACAAAGGAGGUUUAAACCUGAAAAAAGGAACGCAACAAAACAAUAAACGUGUCGGCAGGAAGCCUUCGUCAGCCAACAAAACAACAGAAAAUACAGUAUAAAAAUAAAAAAUAGCACUUAGCUUUGAGGUAGUAUCCGUGUGCAGCAAAUGAAUUGUGACAGAAAGUAAGUGAGUGAGAGAUUAAAUAGGGAAGAGGGAAAGAAAAGAGGAGAAGUAAGUCCACUGCGAUAGGUCGGGAUGUGGAGAAACAACUAAUAUGUUGUUGUUGUUGUUCCUCCGUUGAGUCGACCAUGACCACUAUAAUCAUCAGAUUUGUGCUAGUUCCACCUGUGGGUGCACAGAUUGCUAAUGAGGCCGAUACCGGCACAAAAUGUCUCUGCAGCCGCUGUUCUGCCAACUUCAUGUUGCAUGGAACUCCUGUGUAAAGUCGAACGCCAUGAUGUUUGAUCCAUUGUUUUUUCCUCCCACGUGUCUGGGUUUAUUUCAAACACUUUCAGUGAGCCUUUUAGGUUGUCUUUAAAAUGUUUCUUCUGCCCGCCAGCAGACCGCUUUCCUUGUUCGAGCUCUCCAUAGAAAAUUCUCUCACAGCAUGUCCCGCAGGACUUCAUUAAGAUGAUAAAGAUGCUUGGAGACCUGCCUGCGUGAGCACCUCAGUGUCUGGGACCCUGUCCUGCCAUUUAAUGUUGAGGAUUUUUCUGAGUCUUGUUGUAUGAAAGUGGUUUAGCAUUCUUGCAUGGCGUUGGUAUACCGUCUACGUUUCACAGGCAUAGGAAAACAGCCACCUGAUAUACUUUCAGUUUAAUUUUAGCGCUGAUACCUCUCCUGGUCCAUACGUUCUUAGUUAAUUUUCCAUAGGUUUCACUGACACUUGCAAUACAGAGGUUAACCUCAUCAUCAAUGGUUGUGCUUUAGGACAGUGUGCUGCUGAGAUAAAAGCUAUUCACCACCUUAAGUCUUUCGCCAUAUACAAUCUAAUAUACAACACAAGCAACCACAAAACUUUUGCAUUACAUUAAGACUUUAUUUUGGAAAUUUUUAUUUGAGGGUAUGUUAAAAAAAAAUCAUGAACAGAAUAAUUUGAAAAAUUAUUAUUUGUAAAUGCAUAAUGGCGUGCAAUUAAAUUUAAAAAGGUAAUGGGGAGGUUUUGUCGUCAUUUUCUAUGUAGACUGCUCUACAGACUUCUUGAUCUCCUUGAUAAAUCUUACAAUUUCCCUUUCAAGAACUUUAUUUUUGCCAUCUACGUCCAAACAUGCCUCAUUUUCGAUGGAAGGAAUUCCACUGAGCUUUCCCAUAAAAAAAUAUUUCCUCUUUUAACUGUAAGAAGCCUAGAAAUAUAAUCUAAUCAUAAUCCUGAAUCUACACAAUUUCUAAUUUCUUUUUAAUAUUAUUCAAUCUUUGUGUGUUUAUUAUUAUUAAAACCUAUUUCUUUUUUUCUUUCUUUUUUUUUUUUUUUGAUAUACCGGUACCAGUGUUAAAUAUUUUUACAUUAAUUGUAAAUCUGUAUCCUAAUUUUAAAAUUUUUAUUUUUUUUUUUUUUUUUUUUUUUUUUUUUUUUUUUUUUUUUUUUUUUAUUUUUUUUUUUUUUUUUUUUUUUUUUUUUUUUUUUUUGAUAUACCGGUACCAGUGUUAAAUAUCUCUACAUUAACUGUCAAUCUGUAUCCUAAUUUUAAACAAGACUGUUAUGUCAGUAAUUUUACAAUUACUUUAUAUCCUUAUAUAAUAGCAUAGGGCCUUUAUAAAUGCACUUUGCUCUUAAUUCUAAGACAGAUAGUGAAGACUCACAGAAAGUAGGUAGUAUUAAAAUAUUAGUUUAGCUUAGCAUAACAAUUAAUUAAAAUUGCAUAAUUACAUACCUUAUUAAAUUUUAAAAAACUAAAUUUAACUAGGCCUUUAAGUGUAAGGGAAUUUGUAAUAAUUAGAAUAAUAUUAGACUUAGGCCUAUGAAGAAUAUUGAAGAAUUAUAAUGACUUAUAUGUAUGUCUGAUUUAAGUAAUAUUCUCCGAUACGAGUAGUCGUUAAUAGCAGAAUAACAAUUAUUAUUAUUCCUAUUACUAAGAUUUAAUUGGUGAUUUAAUAAUAAAGACCAGAUAAAAUUGAUCAACAAUAAUGUUAAUGUAAUAAAACUAAAAGGUCAGUCUUAGUCCCCAACCAAAACUUUUCAAGUUUGGUUAUAAUCUUUUCUUAAAUUUUUUUAAAAUUAAUUAUUUUAAACUCCUUAGAAUUAAUCAGAUGUUUAGGGAUUCAAUAAUGAAGAAUCACUUCAUAAUUAACAGUUAUAAGAGCCAUUUCACGCAUCUCAAUCAUAUAAAAUGAACAUAAAUUUCUGGACACUUUUCACCCCCUAUCCCCCACCACGCAAACACACACAAACACACACACGCGCACAAACAGGGUGCAUAUCUUUUCUUUCAAUUGUUCAUUUUUAAUAUCUUAAAUAUGUUCGAACUAGGAAAUGGAUGGAGUUACUCUAAAGCUGAACCCCAUUUUUAUAAAUAACUAACAAAAAAGUAUUUAUGUGAUCUAUGUUUACCGAAUCAUUACGAUAAUCCCGCCUGUGAUACACUCAAAAAUUUGUAGCAUAAAUUUCAUAUAAAGUGGUGGUUCUCAAAGUGGCCCAAGCACGUGAUUAAAUGUUCCUUAGGUUUAGGGUGGCACUGGAACUACCUAAGGCUAAGGGGUCGGUGGUGAAUUAAAUAAAAAAAACGCUGUUUUGAAAUAAAUACCUAGAAUUUUUUAAAAGACUAUGAAAUGAUAUAAGGCUGUCUGCAUUGUAAAGGAGUCAUGACAGACCUUUUUAGAGUUAAUAUAAUUUUGUCUGACUCAUUAUGAAAAACCUUGGAUCCUAAAAAACAGUACAAGCGGCCAUUGUCAACACGAUGUGUUUAGUUAACAAUGUGAAAUAAAAAUACAACAGUAGAAAAUACACUUAAAAUAGUUUUGUACACAUUCACUGGAUGCAGAUCGAAAAAUCGUAUGUGAUAUAACUACUCUGAUAAUAUAAAAAUCAUUGUCUACUUUUCAAACAAGGACAUUUUAAUUUUUUGAAGGCGGUGGCUUGACAGAGAUGGUCAUCAUCCUGCCAACAGCUUUAAUUUAAUGAGUUUUAUUAUUUUAUUUCUUUGUCUUUAUCCAAACUUAUUGGUCUUCAUUGAGAAGUCAAAUAAAUAUCAUUUCUAUAAGGGAUAAACAUUGAGAGCACAUGGUGAAAUGGGGUAUAAGUUUGAAUUUUAUUGACAACUGGAUGAAUUAACAAAAAGGUCACCAUCAACAACUGGCUUGUACAGUGUUUUUCAUUAACUUAAAAAGUACCUAAUUUCUUUAUUGUAAACAUUUAGUGAAUUAAAACGGAAAAGCUCUUUGGCUAUUAAAUGGCAAGUGUGUGAUUCGCCUUUAGUGUCUAUUAACAUCAUGGAAUUUUUAUAAGACAAAAUUUUUAUCUCGGAGCUGACCCCCAUGACAUCAGUCAGAACAUUGAAAGUGUCAGGAAUAUUUGUUAAUUGCAUUGAAAUGAAUUUAGGGUUGCAGUAAAAUGAGGUCAGUCUUAUUAAAAUUGAAUAGCUUAUCUCUACCUUUUGUGUUGAAAGUAAUUAACUCUGCUUAUACACAAUAUGGGUUAACACCCAAGCCCCGUCUCACCUAGAAUUUUAGGGGGAUGGAGUUGGUGUUUUUUUGUUUUUUUUAUAAAAUGACAAUCUGCAGAACAUCUUGUCGACAUGUGAAUAUGGUACCAGUUUACAUAAAAAUUCUUACCAUUUUUCGGAUCUCUUUUUUUGAAAUUGAAAUGUAAGAUUGUGUAAUAAAUCCAUUUCCAGAUAUGGGUGCAGUUUAAAAAUAAAAAAGGAUGAUUUGAUCUGAAGCCAAAGUUGAAGAACUAGCACUAAGACUUUUCAGUACUCAAGGACAUUCCAUGUCACGAUCUUGCAUUUUGAAAAGUGGUUAAGAAGCUUAUUGUUGUCUUUUGACUAUCUUAUUUUCUUGUUGUGAUUUUAGUGUGGUUGUUCAACUCUACUCCAAGCACAUGAAUAGGCUCCAUAUUUCUGAGAGUUUUGAUUUUUGGUUCUGGUAGGGUACGUUGCUGAAUCCAUGUAUGGCAUAUGUGCAACAGUUGGGAAUGCUGGUAUUUUCACGGCCUCUAGCGGAUGUUAUGGCAGUUUUGAAGCUCUCUAUUUGCGGUAUUGUCCAGGUCAUUCUAAGCGAUGAUUGUGCUUGGGAAGAAUUAUUGUUUAUAUUGGACUGUGUUACACCGAGGCACAGUGAAACAUUUACUAUUUUCCGGAUGUAAUUGCUUAUGGGGUUGUUAGAGGUAAAGUCAGUGUUUAGUGAGCUUUUGGCUCUGAUUAAGCGACCUGGUUUCUGUGGGGUGAGAUACAUGUUUGCUGGGAUGGUCAGCACUAGCCCCAUGACCACUUUAUUAUACUAUUAUAGGAAUGUUAGGCGGAGCUUUUCUCGUCUGUCUUUGAGGGAGGGGAUGUCAAAUCUUUUUAAGAGGACAGUUAUGAUGUCAGGAGUGGUGGAUUUGUGGUAUUGUGCAAUGAAGCGCACUGCGUUACAUUAGAUUUGCUCCAUCUUGUCCACGUCUUGCUUUACUUAUGGAUCCCAGAUGAUCGCACCAUAUUCUAGUAGUGGGCGGACGAGUGCAAGAUAGGCAUUUCGUUUGCAGGAUGUUGGGCAGUGGCACAGAUUGCUUUGAUUGAAACCCAGUGUGGAGUUGGCUUUUCUUUUUUCUUUUUUUUUAUUUGGGGUGACCAUUUUAAGCUAUUCGAGAAGAGAAAUCCAAGGUAUGGAUUAUUUGAUACUUGUUGGAGAUUGUGUUGUUUAGGAAGUACAAAUAGCUAGAUGUUUUUUUUUCUUGAGAUGCUCAUUGUGUAGCAUUUGGCUUUGUUAAAUUUCAUGCCCCAUUUGUCCACCCAAUUCAUAAGGCACUUCAAAUCUGCUCGGAGGUGUUUGUGGUCAUCGUAGACUUUAUCUCUCUGUAGGUAAGACAUUCAUCUUCAAAUAGCCUCACUUGAGAUUUUACAGUAUCAGGGAGGUCGUUUAUGUGACAGAGAAAGAGAUGGGGGGCCAGCACUGUACCUUGAGGAACCCCUGAGCCUAUGGUGGCUUUGCCUGAUCGGACACCAUCUAUCACUACUUGAAUGCUCCGUUGUGUUAGGAAUGUUGAGAGCCAAGAAUGAAGGUUGCCGGUAAUGCCUUAGUGGUGUAACUUGUGUAGAAGAAGGCUGUAUGGAACAGUGUCGAUUUAACAGUCGUGUUAUGUAACCAGGCAGUGAAAAAAAGGUAUCACUUUAUCAAGGGCACUCUAAGCAUUAAGAAUAUUUUAGAAGUCUAGAAGUAAAUUAAGUUACUAUUGCAAAGUGUAAUAUAUAAAUGAGCUGUGAUAUUGUUUUCAUGAAAGAACUGACGAAUGUAAUCAAUCCAAGAAGACGUUAGGAGUUGACAUGGGGGCUUCUCAUCUGGGAUUGGUGAACCUCGUUAUUUUCAUACUUGAGGUAAAGUACAAGAACAUUCUCAUUAUUCAACUUUAGUGAAGUUACAACCAUCGUCGCAUGUUCCCGUAUUUCAAUGUCAGGGCCCCGCUGCCCGUUAUCAAUGCCGAUGUCCCGAGACCCGUCCCGGUCACCCACACCUCAAUGACUGUGUCCCAAGAUCGCCAUAUAGGACAAUGAAGUUUGUGAGAGAACUAUUGACAGUAAAGAACCAUUGACACUUAAUUAAGCCCAGUGUGUGUUUUGAAUAAUAUUUAAAUUCUAUAGGACUUUCCACGAACCAGGCAAGUUGGAUUUUUAUUGUUUAGAACAUUGUUGGCAUUAAUUUUCUUAUGACUUAUGUAUUAACAUUUUUGUACCUGGGUAGAAUUUAGAUUUUUGCUAGAGUUGGUUUAAACAGACUGCGAUUGAUCCUUAAAACUUAAUUAUUGUUUACUGUAUGAUCACCCUUAAUUUGUAUUGAAAUGGCUGGAUAUGUCAGUGGGAAAUGGAGUUUAGAAGAAAUUAGGCAUGUGGGAGUGUUACUUCUUUAUACGGGAGAGAACCUAGAGGAGUAUAUAAGAGUUAAGUUUGAAGAACAAGAACUUCGAGCUAGAGAGGAAGAACUUAGAGCUAGAGAAAUAGAACGUAUAUAUAGACAGAGAGAGGAAGAACUUAGAGCUAGAGAGGAAGAACGUAUAAAUAGACAGAGAGAGGAAGAACGUAUAGAUAGACAGAGAGAGAAAGAACGUAUAGAUAAACAGAGAGAGAAAGAACAUAUAGAUAAACAGAGAGAGAAAGAACGUAUAGAUAAACAGAGAGAGAGACAAUUUGAACUAGAUAAACUAGAUGAAAAAAUUAGACUGGCGGAAUUAGAGGCAGAACGACGGGAAAUUAUUUUAAAGAGACAGGCAUAUUAUUAUAGCGACAGUGACGAUGACGAGAGUCAAGGGGAAGAAAUAUAUUAUGGCAUUGCCAGCAUUCACUGUGAGAAUCCCUAUAAAAAUUUUAAUAGAGUUUCUAUUAAUGUAAGUGAAAACAAAUUUGUGGAUAACGGUGGACAUACUCAUGAUCCUGACCCCAGGCAAGAGCCGGCCUCGCAACCACGGUUCAUGGCUAAAGAUACUGAGGAACAAAAUGAUAUUAUUGCCUCUGCUGACGACUCAAUUUUUUUAAAUAGAAAUGACAGUGAUUUGUUAAUUGAUCCGUCGGCUAACGUUAAAAGGGACAACGUUGACCGUGCUGACAUACCCCCAGUGGCAAAGGGUACAGAUAUAGCUUUAGAUUCAUGUCAAAACGAGGUUGAAGUAGUUGGUGUAUCCCAGGAAGUCCAAUGUAAAGAAGAAAGGGGACGACAAUUUAAUAAGGUAGAAGUCAUUGGAAAUGACCUUAGGUGGACGUAUGUAGGGAAUUGUCCCAGCGCCACAGCAUGUAAUGAAUUGGUUGUUAUGGAAACGGGCUGCCUUGAAAGCAAAGAGAACCCUGUUCUAAUGUCUGAGGACAUGAUUUUUGUUGUAUCUCACGGUGAGCCAUCAGAUAAUGUAAGUCCUGAAGUUAAAGUGUCUGAUUUUUUGUGUGAGGUUGAUGAGGUGAGUGUAAUCCCUGAGGUGGGGGAAGGAGGGAAAAUUGUUGUUGAUAAUUAUUGUGAUGUAAAUGGAUCACUGUGUAAUGUGAGCAAAGGUUGCUCAAAUGAUGAUAUUUUUUUUACAGAGAUAUGUACCGGUAAUGAAAAUGAAUUAGUUGAUAAUGUGAGCCAGGUGUGCUCAGGUUUUGAUGUUACUGCAGAGAUCUGCAAUGAAAAUGUAUCACAAGUUGUUAUGAGCAAGGGUUGCUCAGAAUUUUAUAGUAUUACAGUGAGCUGUAUUGAUGAUGAAUCAAUAGGUAGUGUGAGCCAGGGCUGCUCAGAUUUUCAUAUUGUUGCGGAUAGUUGUAAUGAUAAUGAAUCACCUGUAAAUGUGAGCCAGGGCUGCUCAAAUGUACAUAUUGUUACAGAUAGUUUUAAUGAAAAUAAAUUCCCAAGUAAUGAGAGUGAAGGUUGUCCAGAUUUUGAGAGCCAGGAGUGCUCUAACAUUAAGUUGAAAACCAAUGUUGAAAGUGUUAAAGAGAGCGCUGCCAGCUCUAAAGGUGCACUUGUUUAUGAUUUUCAAGAGGAGGUGAGAUGUCAGGUCCAUGAGUUGGGAGGUGAGGCUUUUGUUUGUAUUGUUAAAAAAAAUGAAUCUGUUAAAAUGAACUAUUACCAUGAUUGCUUUGAAGUUCCUGAUUUGUUUGAAUUUCUUUUUUAUGAGACUCGUUUUUCAUUUUGUAACAAUUUAAAAAUAUGUAUUGUAAAACUGAGGUUUCACAUGAGUUAUGACCACGGGUCAAAAGAACAGGGAGAGAUAAUUUUAAUUAUAAUAAACAUGUUGAAGCAUAAAGUUGUGAAAUCCACGGACAAAAGAUAUGUCCCGCCAUCUGUAGCUGUGUUAUUUAAGAGCAAAUAAAGGCUGCUCAAAUUGUGGUGAGGCAUCUCUCACCUGUAAUAAUGUUAGAUGGUUUUGUGUUUUUAUAGUGAUGACCAUUGGUUUUGUUUAAAAAUACACCUUCUUGAUGAUAUGAUUUGGAUUAACUUAGUUAUAGUUUCAACUUCAGUAAGGAUGUUGAUGUGUUUGCCCUGAUUUUUGAGAUAGAAAUAUAAUUUUUUUUAUUGGUAUGAAAAAUGAAAAUUAAUGUUGACAUUCAAUUUUAAUGGUCUGAUUUUUAUUGGCGUACAUGCAUUUUUAACUCUUGAAUUGCAUUUAAAAUUAUGUACGAAGGAUUGUUUAUUUUAUUGCAGUAUAUCAUAAAUCUAUUUGAUUUUCAGUGAUACCUAAAUAAUGUUUUUUUGAUAAGGACCAUUCAUAUGGCUUAAGGUCUCUUCUUGAUGUAAUUCAUGUAAAUUUUGUGUGUCUGGUGACGAUUUAACUCCCUUAGUUAAAUCUGAAAUGAAAGAGGGGGGAUAUGUCGAGUAUGAGCGUUCAUUAGUAAUUGUUGCGACUCAAUAUUAUGUUCAUUAGUUGUUGAACGCUUUUCCCGCGCUUGACUAUUAUAGUUAGUGAACGCUCUUCCCGCCAUUGUCUCUAUGACGUAUUGUCUAUGCAGUAUUGUGACAUAUGUUUUAGUCGUGCGGCAGUCUUGAGUGGAACCUUGGAGUGAUAGGAUGUUUAUUAUAUUUACUUAAAUAUUAAAGUUAUAGUUAUUAUGAAAAGGAGUUGAGUUUGUUAAUUGAUAGUGAGAAUAGUACGACGCUUCAACAUAUGAAAGAACUGACGAAUGUAAUCAAUCCAAGAAGACGUUAGGAGUUGACAUGGGUCGAUUGUCCUGCCACUCCUAAAGAAACCCUCACUUGAUCCAAACACACUCAAGAAUUACCGCCGCCCCAUCAGCAACCUCUCCUUUCUCUCAAAAAUCAUAGAAAAACUCAUACUCUCUCAGCUCUCUGGCUAUCUUCAUUCUCGCAAUCUCUAUCCUUCCUCUCAGUCCGCCUACCGACUUGGUCAUAGCACAGAAACAGCACUGGUCCGAGUCAUGAGUGACCUCCUGCGCACGAUGGACGAUGGCAAACUCUCUAUUCUCAUUCUGUUAGAUCUCUCUGCUGCAUUUGAUACCAUUGACCACCAGAUUCUUCUUGACCGCCUUCAUCUUUCUUUCGGACUUACUGGCUCAGCUUUAAACUGGUUUCAAUCAUAUCUUUCUGACAGAACUCAAAAAGUCUCUAUUUCCAACCGCUCUUCCAAACCUUCAGCCCUGUCUAUUGGAGUUCCUCAAGGAUCGGUCCUUGGGCCGGUCCUUUUCAUCCUCUACACUAAACCUCUAUCAUCUCUCAUUAGCCACCACUCAGUUUCCAGUCAAUCCUUUGCUGAUGACACUCAAAUCAGUGACUCUUGCUUUCCUGAUCAACUUGAUGCCACAAUCCUUCGCAUACAGGAGUGCGUGGACGAUGUAAAGCGUUGGAUGACUUGCAACAAACUGAAGCUAAAUGAUGAUAAAACGGAAAUCCUUCUCAUCCACUCUCAAAACAAACCUCUCCCUCCAUUCGCUCCUUCUUCUAUAUCUAUUGGCAACUCUGACAUCACACUCUCUCCCUCUGCCAGAAACCUUGGAGUCACUCUUACGGACACCCUCUCCAUGGACAAACAUGUCACGAAUAUAUGCAGAUCAGCAUAUAACGAAAUUAGAAAAAUCAGCACCAUUAGACACCUCCUCUCCUUUGAUGCCACAAAAACUCUCGUCUCUUCACUCAUUCUUUCAAAAUUUGACUACUGUAACAUUCUUCUCUCAGGCAUUCCUCAACACCACAUAGAAAAACUUCAGAAGGCACAGAACUCAGCAUGCAGACUCAUUUUUAAAUUAAAGAAACAUGACCACAUUCAACCACACAUGCGGCAACUCCACUGGCUUCCAAUAUCCUCUCGCAUCAAAUACAAGUCUGCCAAUCUUUGCUUCAACUCGUUCACUGACCCUCACUUUCCUGUCUAUCUCUCUGAACUGUUGCUUCCUUACAUCCCCACAAGACAACUACGUUCUUCCAUUGACAGUAGAACCCUCUCAAUCCCAAGAACUAAAACUAAGACCAUCGGUGAACGCUCCUUCUGCUUCCAUGGGCCCACGUUCUGGAACCAGCUCCCCUUCCAUAUACGUCAUAGUGAAACCUCGUCCAUUUUCAAAAAGUCCCUUAAAACUCAUCUGUUUAGGUCCGCCUAUGACCUGUGAUGCACCCUCCUUGCCCUACCUCAUUUUCUGUUUCGGGUUGAUCCUGAAGUGUCAAAGUGUCCUCGUUUUAUAGCCAUUUUCAUAGUUUCUAUAGAAUAGUAGUUACUAUCCGAGUGUCUCAUUUGUAUUUACUUAGUUUACAUGUUUUAAUAAUUGUAAAGCGCUUAGAGCUUUAUGAUAAGCGCUAUAUAAAAAUGCCUAAAUAAAUAAAUAAAUAAAUAUUGAUGGAUCAAGUUAAUCAGUUUAUUAGUGAACUGAUUUAAAGGGCCUAGUCUCUCAUUACUAUUUUAUCGUCUUGAUAUCUUCUUUUAUAGUCUUGCAUAAUUAUAUUCUGAAUAAUUAUAUUUUUUGGGUAACGCUGGUGUUUCGAGAUGGGUUUAUAGCGCAAAGGGGGGCAGCAUCCGAAAAAAGUUUGAGAACCCUUGCUAUGAGUAUAAAUGUAUACUUAUUAAUAAAAAAUGUUUAAGUGAAUAACUGAGUAUCAUCCUGAGUAUGACUAGUAAUAUGACUAAGGUUACUAAAGACUAAGACGUCUAAGGCCAAUCAAUAUGUUACCAUUAGGCCUAAUAAUGUGUCAUAUAUUGUUCUUUAAAUUAAUUUAACACAAAACUAAUUUAAUGCAAUCCUCAUCUGGGAUCUAAAACUAAAAAAAAGUCCCCUUCCAAAAGUAAUGUGGAUAAAGUAAGUAGAUCUAUAUCCGAUUUGUAGGAUAUAGAAUUCUUCAAAAUGAAAAAGCCCGCAAUAAAGUCUCAUAACCAGAUUUAUAAAUGAUUGUUUCCUAACUAUUAUAAUUUUUAAAAACUUAAUAUACUGGUAUCUUAAAGCUCUUUAUGUACAAAGGACCACACCACUGCUUUUUAUAUAAUAAUAUUUAAUUUUGUUGCAUGAUUUGAGUGGGGGGGGGCAGCGCUACGCAUUUACUUAUAACUGAAAAGUUAGUUUGCCCUAAAUCUGAGCAGUAAAUGCACAUAUGUAAAGAGUAUUUGUUUGUUUGCAGCAGAGACAAACGUGAAACAGUCAACCCCUGAGAAAAUCCAACAGAAGGAUGAGCAUGAAUCUUUGAGUCCUCACCAGUCUCCUUACAAUUUACGACAGAGAUCUCAGAAGAAUUCUACAGUACCACCAAAGUCUUCUAAUAGUCAGAAUGAACUCUCAGCCCAACAUGGUGCAGUACCAAGUAGCAGUGCAACUAUUUCCCAAGAAACAAGUAUUCCAAGUAACGGAAAUGAAACUGACGAAAUCAGCCGUAAAGAAAAUAAAAGUGAGCCAACCAUUGGUCGCAUUGGAGACUCUGUGCCUUUUGGACAUUCACAAAAGCCUGUGGAAUCAGAUCAAACUAGUAAUGGUUUACCUUUUGACCUACAAAGACUGGAUCCUCAGACUUUAGAAGUCCUGAAGAUUGUUAUGUUUGUCUUGACUGCAUUAUUCCAGCGUUAUCUUCUGAAAUUUGGUUUUGGAAUUUUUAUAUUUCCGGUAAAUAUUUAAUGUACAUAAAACUAGUUAAUUUACAUAAGUUAUUUGUUGUUUUUUUAUGCUCUUAAAGAAAUGUAUGUAUUACUAGAUAUCUUUCAAUUAUAAAUUUAAAAUCUUGAUUUAUAACACUAUAAUUUUGAGUUUAAAGAUAAUAUUAUAACUUUGCAUACAUAAUUUGUGUUACCCUUUGGGGGGGAUGGGGGGGGGGGGGGGGGGGGGGGGGGUCUGCACCAUUAUAAAACAGUCUAAUUCAUAUCCCUAUGUAUUCAAUUAAAAAUUUGUAAAAAUCUUUUGCAGAGCAUAUUUCUUCCCUUCAUUGUCUUGGAGUUGGCUAUCAAAUAUUCAGUUCAUACUUAUUUGAAGGUAAGGAUUAACUUAAUUUCUUUUAUGAACACCACUUUAUUUUUAUUUAUUGCCUUAUUUUUUUCAUAUAGUAAAUGAAGUGAACAAAAAAAUUAGUAUCUAUGAAUCCAAAAUAUUGUCCUAAAUGUUUUUUUUUGAAUAAAUUGUUGACUCAAAUUAUUAUUUAUUUUCUUUCAGCACAUACCACUUUCCCAUGGAAAAGGAAAUCUCUUGUCUGCUGCUCUCAUGCUGUGUGGGAUCAGACAAGAUAUAAUGGACUCGUAUCAUUUAAUUAUGGCACACAUAGCUUCUGCUGCUAGUGAUUUUUGUGUUUAUUUUUUUGCAUUUAUUAUUGGACAUGCAUGGAUGACUUAGUGACUGUUAAAUAAAUUUUACAUAAUUCAAAUGUACCAUAUGCAAUGUAAAUAAACACAAAAGCAUAGCGCUUGUUUAUUGAUCAGUCAUAACAGUCUAUAAGGGAAAGGCAUGAGAAUAAAUAGGAAUAAUUUAACUGUUUGUGUCAUAUUAAUCUAGGAAUAAUUUGAUAUGAUGUGUGGGUUUCAACCCUGGUACAACUUACAUAAAGGUGUCAUUUGUUUAGGUACGGUAUUUUUAAAAUCUUAAGUUGAUUUUAUUCUAUGAAUUUGAUCAUUCAAACUGUGUAAGAUGAUUAACAAUUUAACAUCUUUCCCUACUUCAGAAAAUAUUCUAAUAAAGUUUCCAUUAUUAUGAAAUUUCAUUGAAUGAUGAUGUAUUCAAAUUACUUUCAAUUUUUCACUACUUAUGUUACAGUACCUGGCACUGUAAAGUUUCUAAUGUGUGAAUAUUUUUUUUUUUAAUCUCUUCAUUAUAGUGGUACAGAAAUUAAUUCAACCGCAUCUGAUUUAUUGUGGCUAAAAAUUGUUCUGUAGAUUCAAUUGAACAUGUUAAGGACUUUCAAACCAGGGUUUUUUGCAAAGUUCAACCAAAAUUGUAAUUUCAAAUAAAAAAGAAAAGUCUUACAUUGUUGACUUUAUUUGUAGGUAUUUGUAACUACAAGGUUUGUAAUUGAGUCUAUAAGUGGCACAUUUGUUAUCCAACCCCACUGCUCUGCUACACUUACUCUACUCAAUGUUUCAAAAUUCAUCUUUAUCUAAACCAUGAUAAACACUUUCUUAUAAUAUUAAAACAAAGAAAUGAAUAUUAUAUAAUGAUAUGUGCAUCACUAUAUGACUUGUAAUAACC